UUAUAGUUGGUGCAUAACCAACUACUUUUUCUGUGUGUAAGAUUCACUGGAGAUAAGUCCAACAAGGAUCAUGAUAAUAAGGUAUAUAUACAACAAUCCUUUUUUCUUCUUCCUUCCAAUCCCAAUGCCUUAUCCCAUCCAACAAUAAUGGCUAUUUCCACUUCUUCUUCAGACUUCCCAUUAACUUCCAUUAACAAAAGCCACAAAAAGCAAACAUUUGUUCCUUCAAAAGCCUCACCGAUUCUUCUCUUUUUCUCACAUGCUUCAUCAUCUUCAUCAUCAAGAAUCUUGAUUCUUAAUUCUUCCAGCAGCAGUUAUCCACCACCGAUUUUAGAAGAUGAUGUUCAAGUUUCGUAUCCACCCGAAUCGGAAGACCUUAAUGUCUUGAUCUGCAAUCUCUUCAAGAAUCCAGAAACUGAAGAAAUGGGACUUGAUUGUUACUUGAAAGCUAUACGAAAUCCGGAUUUUGUACCCAAAAGAUCAACUUUGCAUAAACUAAUCAGGUAUUUGUUGCGUUUGAAGAAUUGGAAUUCUAUUUGGCUGCUUUGUGAAGAUUUUAGACAAUUCAAUGCUUACCCAAAUGCUUCAUAUUGUAGUAGGUUAGUUACUAGUUGCAUCAGAGCUAGAAGAUUUAAACUUGCUAAUAAUUUGCUUCACAUAUUGAAAUUUGAGAAAGAAGUUGCUUGUAUAAGCUUUAAUGCUGCCAUGAAAGCCUACAAUAAGCUUCAUAUGUAUAGUAGCACUGUUAGUGUGUUUGAAAUUAUGAAAUCUUCAGGUAUCGAAUUAGAUGCAGAAUGUUAUGGUCACACAAUGGAAGCUUAUCUUAAAAUGGGUAAAUAUGAAAAUGUGCUCAUGUUAUUUAAACAAUUCGAAUCUAGUGAGGUCGAAUGGACAUCAUUUUGCACUCAAAUUUACCGGAUUCUAUGUGAAUCUUUAGGGAAAUCGGGACAACCCUUUGAAGCUUUAGAUUACUUUAGGGAAAUGACUAAAAAAGGUUUCCCUGAGGAUCCGUCUUUUUACUCCUCAUUGAUCUCUUCGUUUGUGAGUAUCCGAGAAGUAAAAUUAGUAGAAGAGCUUUUGGAAGAAGCAGAAGGCAAAAAGAUGUUGAGGGACCCUGCAGUGUUCUUAAAACUUGUGUUGAUGUACAUUGAACUAGGUCUAAUUGAAAAGACUCUCGCUAUUACUUCUUACAUGAAACGAAUGAAUGUUAGAGUUUCUGACUGUAUCUUUUGUGCUAUUGUGAACGGGUUUUCAAAGAAAAAAGGGCCGAGUUCUGCAGCCAAAGUGUAUGAAGAUUUAGUCUCAGAGGGAUGUGUGCCAGGCCAAGUGACCUAUGCUUCGGUCAUUAAUGUAUAUUGUAGAAUUGGGCUCUAUGAAAAAGCUGUAGGGGUAUUUUUAGAAAUGGAUAGCAAGGGGUAUGACAAAUGUGUAGUAGCAUACUCUAGCAUGGUUGCAAUGUACGGAAAAACAAACAGGAUUAGAGAUGCAAUGAGACUGGUGGCCAAAAUGAAAGAAAAAGGGGUCGAGCCCAACGUGUGGAUUUACAAUUCUCUUCUAGAUAUGCACGGGAAGAUGUUGAACUUAAGGCAAGUAGAGAAGAUAUGGAAAGAAAUGAAAAGAAGGAAAGUAACGCCGGAUAAAGUAAGUUAUACGAGUGUGAUAAAUGCAUAUAGUAAGGCAAAGGAGUUUGAUACGUGUGUAAAGUAUUAUAAUGAGUAUAGACUCAACGGUGGUGGGAUCGAUAAGGCGAUGGGUGGGAUCAUGGUGGGAGUAUACUCAAAAAUGAGUAGAGUUGAUGAGUUGGUGAAGCUAUUGCAGGAUAUGAAAGCCGAAGGGACGCGUUUAGAUGUUAGGCUUUAUCGAUCUUCGUUGCAUGCUUUACGAGAUGCUGGGGUGCAAAUUCAGCCUGAAUGGUUGGAAGAGAGCUUUGAUAGGCUUUAAUUUAUGUAUGUAUAAAUAUAAAGUUGCCGGCCUGUUAUUCAUUAAACUAUAUUGUUACGAUUGUAAGUUGAUUUAAAGGUGUUAUAAAUCACCAUGGAUGGCAAUACAUCAUGCCAAUCAAGUUAUUUCUGUAUACCAUACCAAAGAUAUAGUAUGUGUUUUAUAUACAAGUCAAGAGAUAUCCUAGCUAGCUGUACAAACA